UUUUCAUUCUUCGCUGAGCUUUGUACCCGAUCGUGUACGUUCUGACUCUGACUUCCAGUUUUUGAAGUCCUUGAUCGCCUGGAAGAAUUUAUUUCUUGAGGAUUCCUCGUGCCAACUCGCAGGUGCCAUGUUCGCAGCGAAAUGGAUGCAACCAUUGUUGCAUGCGAGGUGGAUUCUGAAACUCUUCUGAAAAUUAGCACGACUUGAUAGCAGAGGGGAUCUAUUUCGGAAUCUGGGCUCGUCUGCCAUGGCAGGCAUGAAGAUCGGACGACUGUCCUGGGAGUUACAGGCUGUGAUAUUGAUCUUUAGUCUCGGUGUCUCAGCAGCUGCUGCUGCUGCUGGUGUGAGACGUGUGGACGUGCACACGCAUUUUGUGCCCCCUUUCUACCGCGAAAUUAUCACGGCCAGGAACCUGACCUCCGGAGGUACUCAAGUUCCAGAGUGGAAUGAAACCACGCACCUGGGAAUUAUGGCAAAAUACAACGUGGAGACGUCCAUCCUUUCCAUCUCUCCACCCAGUGUUACGUUUUUCAGUCACGACGAAGCAGCUGAGAGGAGAAGCUUGGCCAGGAGUUUGAACGAAUACGCGUACAACCUGUCGCUAAGACAUCCCGGAAAGUUCCAGUUUGCAGCAACGCUCCCUUUGCCAGAUGUAGAAGGUGCGAUGGCAGAGGCGGUGUAUGCCCUCGACUCUCUCGAUGCAGCUGCAAUUUUACUGCUCGGAAACUCCAACGGCAUGUACCUCGGGAAUCCUAAAUUGGACCCCCUCAUGGAAGUUAUCAACGCAAGAAACGCCGUCGUGCUUCUACAUCCGAACGUUCUGCCCGGAGAUCCAGAUGAGACGGGCCUACCGUCUGCUGUGCUGGACUUUCUGCUGGACACAACAAGAGCUGCGACGAAUCUGGUUGUUAAAAAUGUGACAAGAAAGUACCCAAAUAUCAAAUACGUUCUUAGUCACUCCGGUGGUUUCAUGCCCUAUGCUUCUGGAAGGAUGAGUCUGCUGUUCAGUGAGAUUAUGCCCAACACAACUCCAGACGACUUUAUCAGAUUGUUAAAAAAUUUCUACGUAGAUUUCGGGUACGUCGGCAAGUCUACAAUUCCCAGCGCUCUUGACUUUGUGCAUCAUGACCAGAUUGUGUUCGGUUCCGAUUGGCCUGCUCAACCGAAGGGACUGGAGUAUGUCUCAGGUGUUCUGGAUUCUGCCCUGAAGAAUGGAAAGUUGAAGUACGACAUUAAUUACGGAAAUGCUGCCAAGCUUUUCAAACUCUCAUGAUAAUGUUCUCCAGUCGUCAGUUUCGUCAGAAAGUAACAGAGUACAAUAUUUCUCACUCACCUACCUUCUCUUCUCCGACUGACCAGCUCACCUUCGAGUCAACAAAUUGACCAUCGACCAAAUUCCUUCGAAGGCUCUCCUGCGUCGAUCGUAUGAUCAAAAUACAAGUUUCAAGACCUACUCUUCUACAAUUCAAUUUUGACUCCAUAUAUUGGACGUACAAACUCUACUUGUUUCAAAUGGUGGCUUGAAAUUAUGUCGCCGUCUUCCUUCCUGCCAUCCUCAAACUCAAGUCCUUGACAAUCUUACUCGUCCUCCCUUCAAAUGGCUAUGUCAUCGGCAAGGAUAAACUCGAACACUCUUUCAAUUAUGCAAAUUCCUGAGGCCGUAAUGGUCAUCCACGUCUUUCUACCGGGGGUUUCGAUUUCACACUGGCUUCAUCACACCUCGGAGCAGCAGCCGUGGUGUGUGAUGAGAAUGUGAAUCCGGUUGGUUAGGAAAUGGAUGGAAACCUUGCAAUACUGGGAUGUAACAGCUCUAAAAUCUCCAGUGUAGGACAUGUUUCAGAACAUCGUAUUGCAGUUUGAGGUGACCACGUGGCCUCUUCUCGUUCCAAGUCUCCUGCACCGCUCUAGAGGAAACCAGAAUUUUGUUCUCCUCGAUGAGAGACCUCGAGAGUUCCCCCUUCUAGAUCUGAGCUGAGCAAGAGCUGUACAAUCUCGUUGAACCACUUCGCUUUAACUAAUGUUUGACUUUAUGAGGUUCACCUGUCCACUGCAGCCGCCGCUGCCUCACUUUAAAAUUGUACUAAAAACUUGCUGCGAGAAAAAGUUUCUUCCAACUCUCAUCGUGCAGCAGCUUUCAACCGUCCAAAUUCCCUGCUCGAAUUAUGCCGUACCUUGAGAAAAGCCUUCUCUUCAGUCGAU